AUGGUCAACGCCUUCUUCUGUAAGACUGCGGCUUUGGUGGCGACACUACUUGCCUCUGCCAAAGCGGAAUUAGAGACCGUGAAGCUCAAGCACCCGUCCGGCUCCACUGCUGAGGCGUACCUCUUUGGUGCUCACGUCAAGUCUUUCCGUGCUGCGAUCGAUCCCAAUCUCGAUAUCCUGUUCAUGUCGAACGAGUCAUUCUUGAACGGUAUUGAUCCCAUCCGCGGUGGCAUCCCUGUCAUCUACCCCAACUUUGGCAGUCAAGAUAAGUUCCCGGGUCACGGGUUCGCCCGCAUCACCAACUGGACCCUGGUCAACCACAAGGAUGCAAAGGACAAGAAGAGCCCAAGCGUAGCCACUUUUACGAUGGCGUCGAGCAACUUGACCCGUGCCAUUUGGCCCGUGGAGUUUGAGCUCACGUACGUCGUGAGGCUGUAUGCGAACCAGCUCAAGACGGCUCUGCACGUGCGCAACACGUUUGACGAGGCGAUUGAUUUCCACGCACUGCUGCACAACUACCUGUGGGUGGACGAUGCCCGCAACAAGGGCGUGCAGGUGAAGGGUUUCAAGGGCGUCGACUAUUUUGACAAGGUGGACAAGACGAACAAGACUGAGACCCGGGAGCUCAUUGACUUUGCGGCACAGACGGAUAACGUCUACCGAAACGCGCCAGACCUCAUUUCUGCCACGAUUAAGGGUGUCAACGCUAUUGACCGCACUGUGACAGUCAAGAAAGAGGGCAUUAUCACUGUCGGAGCCAGUCAGAAGGAGAAAUCCGGGGGGAAGUCAGGCAUCAAGAACGACUCGGACGGUAAGAAAAGAGUCAAAACCGAGACGGACUGUGUCCUGUGGAACCCGUGGGAAGAGCGUGCCAAGGCCAUGAAGGACUUUGGGGACGAGGAGUACAAGCACAUGGUGGCGAUUGAGCCGGGACGUGUGAGCGAGAAGCAGGUUCUGCCUGCCGGUCAGACCUACACGUUGCAGCAGACCAUCUCGGUACAGGCGCUGAAAAAGACGCAGUAA